AUGUCAGAUGAAUCUUUUGAUGAGAAAACUAUAAACAAAAUUAUCCCCCAAAUCUUUGAAAAAAAAAGGAAUACAAUAGACAGUGCAACAAUAACGUCCAAAUUACAAGCAUCUAUGAAUCAAAUAUCAUUUCUAGCUACACAAUCAGUCAUUGAUGAAAGAAGUUCACUUGAUAAUAUUAUUGAAACAAUAGAUAAAGUCAAUAAUACCCUUAGUACUAUCACACCAAAGAAUAUGAAAAGGAUAUAUGAGGUUUGUAAGUCUACCAAUGCAAUCCUUGACACAUGGGUUGACAUUCAAUCGCAAGCAAUGUAUUUAAAUAAGAUGAUGAAAAAUACAAGGUAUAUUGAACAUUUGGAGGCACUUGAAAAAGGACAUGAUAUUAUAGGUGAACGUGUAGAGGAAAUAAAUAGGUUGAAAGAUGAACUUUCUUUACUAAGAGGCCAACAAACGUCCAAAAAGAUUGAUAAAGUCAGUUCUAGUAGUACCAUGGGGCGUUUACAAAGAAGAGUCGCAAAUACAAAAAAUCAAAGAAUUUCAAGGCUUGCUAAUGGUAACAUUCACAAUUCUAUCUCAAAAGUAUCUCAAAAUAGAAAUUUAUCAAGUAUUCCACGGGUUUCUUCUAAUAGAAUAACAAAACCUACCGAAAGCAGUUUGAGAAAAACAUUCCAAAGAUAG